AUGAUCAUCUCAUUGAAGAUGCUGCCAGCUACCAUUUGCUCGGUGAAGGCCAUGUUGCGACCUUCUACUCUCUGCCAUUCUCGGGAGAUUUUAUUUGGCCGUGAGACCUCACUGAGGAGCUUCUCUUUCAAACGCAGUAUUCUUCCAUUGGCCAAGUAUGGUGGGCGACACACUGUGACUCUGAUUCCUGGGGAUGGCAUUGGACCUGAACUUAUGCUGCAUGUCAAGACUGUAUUCAGACAUGCACGUGUGCCUGUGGACUUUGAGGAGAUAAUGGUUAACUCCACUUCUGGUGAAGAGGACAUUCACAAUGCCAUCAUGGCAGUCAGCCGAAACCGUGUGGCUUUGAAGGGCAACAUUGAAACUGACCACAACCUGCCACCAUCUCACAAGUCCCGUAACAACAUGUUUCGCACCACUCUAGAUCUCUAUGCCAACGUCAUCCAUUUUAAAAGCCUGCCAGGCGUGGAGACCCGGCACAAGGACGUAGACAUCUUAGUUGUUCGGGAAAACACAGAGGGUGAAUACAGCAACCUAGAGCAUGAGAGUGGGAAGGGAGUGAUCGAGAGCCUCAAGAUCAUUACCAAGGCCAAGUCUUUGCGCAUUGCUGAAUAUGCCUUCCAGCUGGCCCAAGAAAUGGGACGCAAGAAAGUGACAGUGGUGCACAAGGCCAACAUCAUGAAACUGGGAGAUGGUCUUUUCCUCCAGUGUUGUAAGGAAGUAGCCUCCUGCUAUCCUCAGCUGACCUUCGAGGGCAUGACUGUGGAUAACACCACCACGCAGUUGGUAUCCUGGCCCCAGCAGUUUGAUGUCAUGGUGAUGCCCAAUCUUUAUGGCAACAUUGUCAACAAUGUCUGCAUAGGGUUGGUUGGGGGAGCAGGCCUUGUGCCUGGAGCGAACUAUGGACAUGUGUGCGCGGUGUUUGAAAUAGCGUCAAGGCAGUCGGGCAGAAAUUUAGCCAAUAAGAAUAUGGCCAACCCAACUGCCAUGCUGCUGGCAAGCUGUAUUAUGCUGGAUUACCUCAAGCUCCACUCCUAUGCCACCUCCAUUCGCACUGCAGUCUUGGCAUCCUUGGAGAACAGAAACAUUCACACUCCGGACAUUGGAGGCCAGAGUACCACAAUGGACAUCAUUCAAGAUAUAAUAAACCACAUUAGUACUGUCAGUUAA